AUUUUCAGUGAAUCAGUUAUUUCCCUUUGAAAUAUUUACACCAUUUGUACGACGACGUAUUUUAGAUCGCGUAUAUUUUAUAUUUCAAGUAGAAGCUAUUGUUUUAGGAUUAAUUAAAAGUAAGAAAACAUAAAAACUUUAUCUCGGCCAGACAAGUUGUGCCCUUAAUGGAGAAUGCAGAAUCUCACCCGAUCGAGGAACUGUCUGGACAUCAUUCCUCUGAGGCUAGUGAUGGAGAUCAGGAUGACUCUAACAAACAUACACUAACUUCUAGACCAUCUACAUACUUUGAUGAAAAAAUUCAUAUUCCAAAAACAGAAAAUACAAGUUUCAGCUUUAAGAAGCUAUGGGCAUUCACUGGACCUGGGUUUCUGAUGAGUAUAGCAUACCUCGAUCCUGGAAAUAUAGAAUCUGACCUUAGAUCUGGAUCUCUUGCACAAUUUAAGUUGCUAUGGUUAUUGCUGCUUGCCACCAUUCUAGGACUGUUGAUGCAGCGGUUAUCGGCUAGACUUGGCGUUGUCACGGGGAUGCAUCUAGCAGAAGUCUGCUGCAGACUGUAUCCAAAAGUUCCCAGAAUUCUAUUGUGGAUAAUGGUUGAAAUAGCUAUAAUUGGAUCUGACAUGCAGGAAGUCAUUGGUACAGCUAUAGCCUUCUAUCUUCUCUCUAAUGGAAGAAUACCUCUAUGGGCAGGAGUGUUAAUCACAAUAGCUGACACAUUUACAUUUCUCCUUCUUGACAAAUAUGGUUUGCGGAAAUUGGAAGCUUUCUUUGGCUUCCUUAUACUUGUCAUGGCAAUUUCAUUUGGAUACGAGUAUGUGACUGUUGCACCAAACCAGGUUGAUUUAUUGGAAGGAAUGUUCAUACCAUAUUGCAACCAUUGUGGCCCCCGACAACUACUACAAGCUGUGGGUGUCAUAGGGGCCAUUAUUAUGCCACAUAACAUGUACCUGCAUUCAGCUUUAGUAAAGUCAAGAGAUGUGGAUCGCUCAAGGAAGUCUGAGGUGAAAGAGGCAAACUUUUAUUUUUUUAUUGAAGCAACAAUAGCCUUGUUUGUAUCUUUCCUUAUCAAUGUUUUUGUCGUGGCUGUCUUUGCUGAAGGAUUUUAUGGAAAGAAUUCUACUGUGAUUUAUGAAAAUUGUAAAAGUAGCAAUAAUCCUCAUGCAGAAAUUUUUAAUACAAAUACAUCAGAGGUAGAAGUAGACAUUUUUAAAGGUGGUGUUUUUCUUGGUUGCGAGUUUGGUGUAGCAGCUAUGUAUAUCUGGGCUGUAGGUAUUCUUGCUGCUGGUCAAAGUUCAACCAUGACUGGGACAUACACUGGACAAUUUGUCAUGGAGGGUUUUCUAGACUUAAAAUGGAAGAGAUGGCAACGAGUGUUGUUGACACGGUCAAUUGCAAUAUUACCCACAAUCCUGCUGGCAGUAUUUGAGGGUAUUGAGGAUCUGACGUACAUGAACGACCUGCUUAAUGUGAUCAUGAGCUUACAGCUUCCUUUUGCCUUAAUUCCGGUGCUCACCUUUACCAGUGCCAAAAAUCUCAUGGGAUCCUUUGUUAAUGGAAUUGUAAUGAAGACUAUAGCUUGCCUUCUCACUGUGGUGGUGAUAGGUAUUAAUAUGUUCUUUGUGGUAGUGUUCAUUCAAGGUCUACCUUCACACUGGGCUAUAUAUCUGGGCAUCUCAGUACUGGUCUUUGCAUAUCUACUCUUUGUGAUCUAUCUGGCAUGGUAUUGUUUAAUUGUUAUGGGUUGUAACAGUUUAGAGAAAAUACCCUGCCUGCCAUGUUUACGUCAGACUGGACCAUAUCGGACAUUUGAUGAUACAGAUUAUUUGACAAAUGAUACAGUGAUGAUGAAUACCAGUAAUGAUCACAUCGAAGAUACCAUGUCUUGAUUAAACAAGUUUACACUUACCAGUCACAACUGCUUUAGUGCAAUUAUAAAGCUACAUGUGUUCUAGUUGUGAAUGCCUUAAACCAAGGUUAAACAUACUUGUUAUAACUGCAUUAACUGUUAUAUACCAGUCAUAGCUGCAUUUACUGUUAUAUACCAGUCAUAACUGCAUUUACUGUUAUAUACCGGUUAUAGCUGCAUUAACUGUUAUAUACCGGUC